AUGGGGAGUAUUUUCAAAAGUCUUUCUGUUAUAAGAAAUCCAAUAAAAAGCUUUGUUGGCUUUAUUGAAGCAAACAUUUCAGUUUUAAAACAUUGUUCAAAACAACGUUUGAUCACAGAAGGCCAAGUUCUCCAUGGCCAUUUGUACAAAAUUGGCAUUUCAUCACAUAGACAUGUAGCAAUCAAAUUACUCAUCAUGUAUCUGGAUUUUAGAAGAUCAUCUGAAGUUGAUCAAUUACUUAAAGACUAUGAAGGGUUUGAUAUGAUUGUUCACAAUUGUUUGAUAUCUGCCAAUGUUGAUUGGGGGAACAUAGAUGAAGCCCGCAAGCUGUUUGAUGAAAUGCCCGAAAGAAACGAGGUUUCUUGGACUGCUUUAAUUUGUGGGUAUUUAAAAUAUGGUAGAGUGGAUGAAUCCAUGUGGUUAUUUCAAAGAAACCCUUUUCAGAAUGUAAUUUCUUGGACAGCUGCAAUUAGUGGGGUGUUGUCAAAUGGAAUGCAUUCAAAAUCAAUAGAACUCUUCUUGGAAAUGUUAAGAUCCGGGGUAAACCCUAAUAAUGUUACGUUUGUUUCUAUCAUAAGAGCUUCGACUGAAAUGGGGAACUUUUCAUUAGGAAUGACCCUUUUGAGUUUAGCUAUUAAACUUGGAUAUGAAGGUGAUGUGUCAGUUUGUAAUUCUUUAAUAACAUUCAGUUUAAGAUUAGGCAAAAUGGAAAUGGCUUGUGGAGUCUUUGAAAGAAUGGGGAAAAGAGAUGUGAUUUCUUGGACAGCAAUCUUAGAUAUGUAUGUUGAAAUGGGAGAUUUGGAAGAAGCUCGGAAAGUGUUUGAUGAAAUGCCUGAAAGAAAUGAAGUUUCUUGGAGUGUUAUGAUCUCAAGAUACACCCAAAAAGGUUACGCAAAAGAAGCAAUCAGACUUUUUCGUCAAAUGAUUGAAAAUGAUAUUGCCCCAAAUUCCUCUUGUCUUUCUAGUGCUAUUAAUGCUUUAGCUAACCUUAAGGCAUUACAUUCAGGCAAAAACAUUCAUGCCUAUGUCAUGAAACUAGGAAUGUCAAACGAUGUUUUUGUUAGUAGUUCACUAGUUGACUUAUAUGGUUCAUGUGGAAACACUGAAGAUGGGCGUCUAGUGUUUGACAAUAUCAAGAACAAGAAUGUUGUUUGUUGGAACGGUAUGAUUAGUGCCUAUAGCUCAAAUGGAAAUCUAGAAGAAGCUAAAAAGUUAUUUGAUCAAAUACCCAUGAAAAAUAUCGCGUCAUGGAAUUCAAUAGUGUCGGGAUUCUUAGGAAACGAAGAAUAUGGUAAAGUUUUAGAAGUUUUCAAUGAUAUGCUACUUUUAGGUCAAACACCCGAUGUCUCCACCAUUUCUAGUGUCUUAUGUGCUUGUGCAAACUUAACCUCAUUACACAAAGGAAAAAAUCUCCAUGGAAAGACCUUGAAACUCGGGUUUCAACAUGAUGUAUUCGUGAACACUGCUCUUGUUGACAUGUAUGCAAAAUCGGGAGAUAUCGAAAACUCUAAGAGAGUUUUCAACAAAAUGCAUGAAAAGAAUGAAGUUUCUUGGACUGCUAUGAUUCAAGGGUUAGCAGAGAACGGUUUUGGAGAAGAGAGUCUUGAAGUGUUUGAAGAAAUGGAGAAGACGAGUUCCAUUAAGCCAAAUGAGCUUGUUUUGUUAUCAAUCUUGUUUGCUUGUUCUCAUUGUGGACUUGUGAACAAAGGUCUUUACUACUUCAACUCAAUGGAGAAAUUAUACAUGAUCAAACCUAAUGAGAGGCAUUACACGUGUGUGGUGGAUAUGUUAUCUAGAUCAGGGAGGGUGAAAGAAGCGGAGGAUUUGAUCAUGUCAAUGCCAUGUGAAGCAGAGGUAAGUGCAUGGGGUGCUUUGUUGAGUGGGUGUAAAACAUAUGGUGAAGAUGAGAUAGCAGAGAGAGUGGGAUUAAAGAUUCAAGAAAUGGUGGAAAAGAAGUCAUGUGGGUAUGUGUUGUUAUCGAAUGUUUAUGCUUCAAGUGGGAGAUGGAGUGAAGUUAUGAAAACUAGGAAUUUGAUGAAGGAGAGAGGGUUGAAGAAGAGUGGAGGGUGUAGUUGGAUUGAAGUGAGGAAUGAAUUGCAUUUGUUUUAUUCACAAGAUGGAACUCACAUGGAUUUGAAUGAUAUCUAUAUAAUUGAAAUGGUAGUUGAGUUGAAUUGCACUACACCAUCCAAUUUAAACAUCAAAAGUUUGUGCUUGAAUUAUGGGACUCAAAAAAUCCCUACAUCAACUAAAUUUGGAAAGAAAGGAAACCCUAGAUUGAGUUUACAAACAAGGUCUUGUUUGGGAAAUGGAAAUGGUGGUGUUAGAAGUGAUGGGAUUGGAAAGAGAGAUGGGGUGAUUAUUGUUGAUCAUGGGUCACGUAGAAAGGAGUCCAAUCUUAUGCUAAAUGAAUUUGUGGCAAUGUUUAUAGCAAAAACCGGGUACCCAAUUGUUGAGCCUGCUCAUAUGGAGCUAGCAAAACCAUCAAUACAAGAUGCUUUUCAUGCUUGUGUUGAAAAAGGUGCAAAUCGUGUGAUUGUAAGCCCUUUCUUCCUCUUCCCAGGGCGACACUGGCAUCAGGAUAUUCCUUCCUUAACUGCUGAAGCUGCAAAAGACUAUCCAGAUGUCUCAUAUUUGAUAACUGCACCUCUUGGACUACAUUCACUUCUUCUGGAUGUAGUGGAUGACAGAAUUAAACAUUGCUUAAGCCAUAUUGCUGGUGAUGCAGAGGAGUGUGCAGUUUGUGUGGGAACAGGAAAAUGUCGUCUUCAUUGAUUUAAUAUAUUUACAAUUUAGCUCUACCUUAUAUUUUUUCAAUGUUGUGAUGAAAGAAAAUCUAUAAACAAAGUUUUAAUUUUCAGGUAGAAUAAUUUUUUAUUAUUUGUAUAAUCACUCCAAGUCAGAGUAAAUAGAAACGUUCAUUAUGAGUUCAUUUUAUCUCAUAUAAUAUGUCAUCAUACACCUUUAUGGCAGAUUCCAAACAAACUUUUAUUUAUGUG